AUGGACCCGCGGUUGGACCUACGAGGAAGGCCGUGGCGACUGGACUCGGAAUGGGCGUUGGGGAUGACGGUAGGUGCGUUCAUGUGGAUGCAAGAGCCACCCUUCGUUCUUGAUCGUGCUAGAUAUGCCAUUUCAAGUGACCAGCAAUCGAGAAAUUUCGAGCAAGCCGUCUUUGUACCUGACUUCGAGGUUGCCACGACUAACAGUCAACUCGAGCCUGGCAGGAAAGAAUCAUAUCCUCUGUUACCCUUCCGCGCCUUGGAAGAAAUCUGUCUUCCGGGCGCUAUACAACAAAGGUGGGAGGCAUCUAUCGCCGCCUCAAAGUCCGCAGAAUGGCGUCUGUGGUUCAAAACGCUCGAUCAGACACAGCAGAAAGCCCAUGUCCAAAGUCUAGCCAAGCGUAACAAAGAUACAUUCUGGGCCGGACUCUGGCUUGAGUAUGAGGAAUGGUCAAAGCCACGACAUGCGCGAUGUAUUGCCGCUGCUACUAGAGCCUUGGUCAUCUUCGAGCGAGAGAACGUGAUGAGGCAGAUGAGAGAAGCACAGAAGUCCGUGAAUGUAAGAAGAGCAAGAAGGCUAGAACGAUACGGCUUUUCGGCGAUGGAACCUGAGGAUCUGCCAGAAGCAGAGCCUCUUUCAGCACCUCUAACACCCCACGACAUCGUUUCCCUAAGGUUGCGCCUUACGCCUUGCUACUUCCGCCUACCAGCCAGUACUUUUCGGUUCGCAACACAGAUCUUCAGCGGCAAGUCCUACGAAGAAGCCGUGACUGAGCAGAAGGCGAAUUUCCACAGCUGGACUAAUGAGAGCAAGGUUCGCAGGAUCGAAGGUCACCCUGACUUUGUUGUGUGGGGCAAUAUCGCAGUGCACAAGGAUGCUGUUCCAAAGCUCACUCCCAAAAAGAAGCAGCCGCAGACAGGGAAGCAUAGGUACCAGGACAAGCAAUCAAGGUCAGGAUGCGGAGAGGGCUGCAAAGGGCAAUAG